UGUGACGCUCGUAUUGAAGAAGGUUUGUCUGAACUUGUGCAGGACCGUUCCGUUAGCCUUGGGCUUUAGAUUUAGAGUUGCCAUGCCUCUGCAGCGAACACGGGCCUCGUUGGUUGUACGGACCAGCUCGAGGCCAUCAGAACACUUGCUCGCUUGGCGGAAGAGUGGGCGCACAGAUGUUGUCGGUUGCGUGGACUCGGGCCAGGCCCAACUACUUCCGCGUUAGAAUGCGGCCGCGAGUCCACAGCCACACAUGUAUUGUGCCUCCGCAAGCCUUACGGAUGUAAGCGGUGGAAACUUGAGGUCCAUACGCCUCUUCUCUCUCCCUGUAUCGCUUGAGCGAGUGCCGAGGAUGCAGCUUCUUCAAACCCCUCCCAGUGGACUUGCCAUCUCAACACAGUCUCCCCUACCCAGAAGCGGUGCGAAUUCCUUGAAAGCCCACCGGCUUUCCUCCACGCUCAGGUGUUCCUCCUCGGUUCGCGUCCACCGACGCUUUGUACGGCCUCCUAGCCUCCCAAGAGCUUCUUCCGUUGAAGCCAGCGCGUCAGUGGAAUCAGUGGACGCAGCCAAGAAGGAAGUUCUGGUGGCCUUGUCCCAAAUUAUCGAUCCAGAUUUCGGCACGGAUAUUGUAUCGUGUGGUUUUGUGAAGGAUUUGUUCGUUGAUGAAGCUUUGAAAGAGGUUUCAUUCCGGUUGGAGCUAACCACGCCCGCAUGUCCAAUCAAAGACAUGUUUGAACAAAGGGCAAAUGAGGUUGUUGGAGCACUUCCUUGGGUUAAAAAGGUCAACGUGACAAUGUCAGCUCAACCCGCCAAACCGGUUUUUGCAGGAGAGCUGCCCAAGGGAUUACAAAGAAUCUCAAACAUUGUAGCUGUCUCCAGUUGCAAGGGUGGCGUUGGGAAGUCUACUGUGGCUGUAAACCUUGCUUACACAUUAGUUGGAAUGGGAGCUAGAGUUGGCAUAUUUGAUGCUGAUGUUUAUGGUCCAAGUUUACCAACAAUGGUUUCACCAGAAAAUCGGUUGCUAGAAAUGAACCCUGAAACAAGAACUAUACUUCCAACUGAGUUCAUGGGCGUCAAGUUGGUUUCUUUUGGUUUUGCUGGCCAAGGGCGUGCAAUAAUGCGUGGUCCAAUGGUUUCAGGGGUCAUCAAUCAACUACUCACUACUGCUGAAUGGGGAGAGUUAGACUAUCUUGUUAUUGAUAUGCCUCCUGGGACUGGUGAUAUUCAGCUCACCUUAUGUCAGGUUGCUCCAUUAACAGCAGCUGUGAUUGUUACCACCCCACAGAAGUUAGCAUUUAUUGAUGUUGCAAAAGGAGUUCGUAUGUUUUCAAAACUUAAGGUUCCAUGCAUAGCUGUGGUUGAGAACAUGUGCUACUUUGAUGCUGACAGCAAACGAUAUUACCCAUUUGGAAAAGGUUCGGGUUCUCAGGUUGUUCAACAGUUUGGGAUACCACAUCUCUUUGAUCUUCCAAUUAGGCCAACUCUGUCGGCAUCUGGAGAUAGUGGAACACCCGAAGUAGUGGCUGACCCUCAAGGUGAAGUAGCCAAGACAUUCCAAGAUCUCGGUGUAUGUGUGGUGCAACAGUGUGCCAAAAUUCGCCAACAAGUCUCAACAGCAGUAUCGUAUGAUAAAUCUAUCAGAGCUAUCAAAGUGAAAGUGCCUGAUUCCGAUGAAGAAUUUUUACUUCACCCUGCUACCGUUAGGAGGAAUGACCGCUCAGCCCAAAGUGUCGAUGAGUGGACUGGAGAGCAAAAAUUACAAUACGGUGAUGUUGCAGAAGAUAUUGAGCCUGAAGAUAUUCGGCCCAUGGGGAACUAUGCUGUUUCAAUAACAUGGCCUGAUGGAUUCAACCAGAUUGCUCCUUACGAUCAAUUGGAAACCAUGGAACGCUUGGUUGAUGUUCCAGAACCGAUGAGGGCUGCAGGGAUUAGUGCCGUUUGAAGCUGUCACGGCAGAUGGUGGUGGUAAGGGCCAUUGCAUGAUGAGCACCAGUCUCACUCAAUCUGCCAAGCUUGUGGGGGCUUCACCUGGGAGCUGAUUUCGGCAGGAUGCCUGAAGAAAUGGCUUAUGUCGGCAUUGUUUUGUCACCAGAGGAACAGUUCCAAAUGUUGUGGGAUAUAUGUAUAUUUAUAAAAGAUGUACUACUGCCUCACCAUUCUUGCA